AUGUGGCCAUUCUCGUCGACGCACGAAGAUGCGGCUAAUCCAGGAUGGAAAGGCAAAGAGCUAUCUCCUGCUCAGCUUGAACAGUCCAGGAAGCAAUGGGAGGAGAAGCACACUCAGCCAUCUAAACCGAUCAUGACUGCCGAACCCGAUGCUGCUCUCAAAGACUACGUUCGACAGCCUCAGCGCCUAGGUCUCAACCCUGUCGGUCGACUUGCACUGCUCAGUACUGUUUCGUUUGUUACAGGACUGGCGCUAGGUUCUGCAAAUGGUUCGAGAAUUGCUGCUAUGCGCUAUCGUGCCGAGAAUGCUCACUACAUGCCUAUAAGUAAAGCUGGAUGGUACCUGUAUGGAAGAUCACGAAACUACCACGCCAUCAUUGGAGGUGUGACUGAAGGUGUCAAGACCGGAGCACGUUUCGCAGGCUGGGCUGCCUUGUUCGUUGUGAUCGAAGAAGGUCUGGAUAGGGCUCGUGGAACGGUAUUCAGAAGACGAGGAGAGGAAGAGAGAAAAGGUCAAAGAGACUUUCUAAACACAGUUUCAGCCGCCGUGGCUCUGUCUGGCCUGCAUGGCUGGUGGAACAACCUCGAUCGGUUUGCUGCUAUGAGAAUGACAAGGUUUGCUGUGCGAUAUGCUGUGCCUUAUGGCUUGAUGCAGGACCUGCUAGCAGCUCUGCGAGGCGACCGUCCAUGGUACAUUGAUUCGGUCUUAAAACGAACACUAGACCGCACCAAGACCGGAAUUCCAGUCUAA